GAGACAGGGCAGGACACAGUUUUAGUUGAACGUUGUUUUUCUUACAGUGGAGACGUGCAAGACCACGCUCUGUAAAUUAGCGCAUACUUUUUUGUUUUGAAGUUUAGUUUAACGGCUCCCAUAUGAAGGAUGGACGGAUUUUACCAGUACCCUGUUUUCUUUGGGUGCCACAAGGAUCUCAGAGAGCAAAUGAAGAAAGUGGAAAGAUAUUUCCGUGUCCGUCGGCGAUCAGGCGGAGGAGACAGCGGUCCUCUGACAACCGUGGCUGAAAACGUCUACAGCAUAACUUUCAGAAAUCAGAAAGAUCAGCAAGAAGUACUUAGGAGAACCGAGCAUGUUUUGGACCUCGCGGGUGUUCGUCUUGUGCUCACUGUCCGGGACAGCCUGGAGCCUCCCACCUCCACCCACACCACUAACUCCACACCUGCAGCAGAGAACCCUCAAUCCACUCCUGCUUCAUCUGCUCCUCCAAGUGGUGAAGAGGAUGAACCACAACUUGAUAAUUAUGUGUCUUUUUACAUGAAGGAAAGUGAAAACACAGAGACAGACCUGAACAAAGACUUCACCUCUGUGUGCUGUUCUCAGCCUCACCCAGCAGAAGGGAACGCUUCAGCCAUGAGCCAAACUCAGCCUGGCGCUGUAGCUGAAGUUAGUGACUGGAAAGCUGACAAGGAUGAGCUUUUUGAUGGCGACUCAUGCCAAUGUGAGGAUGAUCCAGAUACACGCCAAGAGUUUUUUGAUGCAGAGGACAUGUCAGGUUUCAUUGAGAAUAUGUCACCUUUAAGAAACAAUGUGGCAAGUGAUGUGGAGUUUCCGGUGGAUGCUGAUAGCCAAGAUGCAGAAAGACGAGCUGCUGCUGGAGCUGCUGCUGGAGCUCCUGGAGGCAGAAUCCGUGUAGAGAUUGUUCAGGGGACCAUUGAAACACAGCAGGUUGAUGCACUGGCAUCUCCAAUGGUCGGCAAUGAUCCCCUGUCGACCCGUGUUGGGAACAUUUUAAACCAGGUGGUUGGUUCUCAGAUGACCUCAUUGUUUAGAAAGGCAGGAGGAGAUGAAAGUCUCUAUGGUGACUCGGUGCUGUUGGAGGGGUUGGCUGGACUUCCAUCUGAUGCAUUACUCUUCGUCAACCUCAUUCCCUGGAAUGAUGACCUAGAUGGAACUGCAGUGGAGGUUCUCAGACUGGGCAUCAACAACAUCCUGACUUCCUGUGAGGAGAGAGGGUUUGGAUCUAUCGCUCUGCCUGUACUCGGAGCUGGGAUCGCCCUGGGUUUUCCUGACAGUGUGGUAGCCAAGAUUUUACUGGAGCAGGUUAAUGCAUUUCAGCAGAACCGGGCCAGCAGCACACCGCUUGUGGUUCGCAUUGUCAUUCACCCUGAUGCCAGUGAGGUUCUGCAGGCCUUUAAAUCUGUCCAAGAAGCCUUGGAAGUCUGGCAAGACCAAAAUCAAGCACCGACUACAAAGAGGCUCAUUCUGCUGGGGAAAACUGGAAGUGGGAAAAGUCACCUGGGUAACAGCAUAUUUGGAGAAGAUCUUUUCACUGCAUACCACUCUCCUAACUCUGGAACUACAGUAUGCCAGGCAGAGACCACGUCUGUCAAUGGAAGGAGCCUCACUUUGAUCGACACCCCUGGUUUCUUUGACACGGAGAAGUCUGAGGAGGAUCUAAAGCCUGAGAUAAUGAGUUGUAUGACAGAGUGCUCCCCUGGGCCCCAUGCUUUCCUCAUUGUACUGAAAGUGGACAAAUUCACACAGCAGGAGCAGGAAGUUGUCAGUAAAAUAUGCCAAUAUUUCUCAGAAGAUGCUUUAAAAUAUGCUGUGGUUGUCUUCACACAUGGGAACCAGCUGCCUGAAGGGAUGAAAAUUGAAGAGUUUGUCAGUCAGAACCAGAAGCUGAGUGAUCUAGUGGAGAGAUGUGGUGGCCGGUGCCAUGUUUUUGAUAGUAAAUACUGGAAAAACAAUGAGCCCAAUAAUUACAGGAGCAACUGUUUCCAGUUGGAGGCGUUACUCUGUACAAUAGAUGAGAUGGUGAUGGAAAAAAAUGGAGGCUACUACACCAAUGAUGUUCUGCAGAAUGUGGAGAAACAAAUACAGAAACAGGAGGAGCAAAUAAGAGAGUCAUCAGGAAACUUCUCCCCAGAUGAGAUCAGAAAACAGGCUAAAACCAAUGUCACUAAUGAACUUUUGAUCCAGUUGGCAGGGACGGCAACGGGAACUUUGCUAGGGGCCUUUUUUGUUGUAGCAGCCAUGGUUGAAGCUGUUAAAAGAAACGUGAAAAAGCCAUUAGAUAUAGUGAGACUUGUAAAAAACAAUAUCCCAGCAUUGUCAAGGGCACCUGCAGCAGCUGCAGUAGAAGGACAGGUAGUACUAGCUGCUGGAGUGAUAGCCGGUGUGGGGGCGGCUACUGCAGGAGGGGUAAUGGGUGGUGUCAUCGGGCAUAAAGCAGCUGAGGGAGCAAAAUCACCAAUGGAGGCAGCAAAGAGGGCAUAUGAGGAUGUCUUAAAGAAAAGAAAAGAAAUGCUAAAUUAAAGAUGCGUUAAUGGAUGAUUAAUGACCUUCUUGUUGUUUCCUGGGUGUCAUUCUGUGCCUUUUGACUGUUGAUGAACAUUUUUAUCUGUCCACUAAUCUAGUCACACAGCUCUGAUGUAAAUGAUCCAGUGCAAUCCAAGCAGGCAUCUAAUGCAACUUUAUAGAGUCCUGGUAGAGGUCGAGUCCGUACUUGCAUCAGGCAGAUCUGGAGAACUGGUUUAAUCAGAGCAGAACCUCUAAUGAGGUAGCUGCUCCAGAUUUUGCCAACUCUAUACACCAGAAAAAUUAGAAGAGUUGUAGGAAAAUUAAAGCACUGCGCAAGAUAAAUAUGUUGCUGUUAUAAAUUGUUUUAUUUUUGUCUUUUUGUUCUUAUGGUGCACUUUCAAGUUUUUAGUUUUGGGGAUAAAUAAAGCUUGAAUUACAACCGUUUCUGCUGCUCUGAAGGUGUGAAUGAAGUGCAAUAGUAAAGUUACUAAAUAUUAUAUUGUAAAUGUUAACAUUAAUACUAUAUGGAAUUGCAUGGGGGAUAAAAUUUCAGCAUUUUUAUUAUUUAUCCAUACAGAGUGAAUGUGACAGUCAUUACUUCAUAAAGUAUUUUCUCUUCCACAUGAUCCAAAUGGAUUUUUACCUCCAAAGAUUUGAUUGACUUAUAAAGACUUAAUGAAUGUUUAACCUUUGCUAUGUAAAAUAAGUUGGAUUUAUUCUCUUUUUACUAUUUCAGUUUGCAUAUUGUUUUAGUUUGUCUACUUUUUCUCAGUUUUCAACUGUGAUUAUAUAAAAGUUUACAGCUUAUAGGACUGUUCAUGGAUGUUUUCAAGCAUGUGAUGCUUUUGAAAAGAUCUGAAUGAGAUACGCUUGGAUGAGGAGAAUAUCUUUCAUUAAUUCUUUGGUUUGCAUUUCAGUUAUGCAUAACUUUAUAGCCUUGGUUCACUUUGAUUAAAUUUCUGAUGAAUCUUUUCUCAAA